UGUUGUCAAAAGUAAAAUGGCGGAUUAUUGUGAUUUCAUAACGUAACAUCUUCCACCAAUUCAGUGGUGUUUUUGAAAGUUCUCCGCCUUUUUAUCUCUGUCUCGAACAUAUUUUUAAAUUGCAUCGAUGGCUGAAAAGAAAGAGGGUUCUUGUUGGGACGGUGAGAAAGGCAUAGCGUUCUUCUGGCAGUCAACAAGUCCCGAACCAAAGAUUUCCCCGUUGAGUUUACCUCACGGAAUAUCUAAAGUGGCUCUUGGUACAGCUCACACUGUACUGCUGACAUUUAACCAUGAGGUUUUUGCUUUCGGCGACAAUAAUUUCGGUCAGCUUGGUUUCGGCGAUCGUAAUCGUCGACGUGAUCCAGCAAAGCUGCCGUUUUUUGAGGGGAAGCGUGUGGUCGACAUUGCCUGUGGCGGUCAACACUCCGUGGUGCUUUUAGAUAACGGAGAGACGUACGCCUGGGGUGACUCCUCCAGUGGGCAGUGCGGGAUCGGGAAAUGUGACAACAAUUCUGCGGUCGAUGCACCCACCAAGGUCGCAUUUACUCCCGAGAUGAAAUCACCGCAAAGUGUUUUCCACUUGAGUGAGGAAAAACAUGAAACACAACCUCAAGCAACUGACGUCAAAAUAAAAAGCAUUGCCUGUGGCGAUUGCCAUACUUUGGCAUUAUCUAGCAGAGGUACUGUGUGGGCUUGGGGAUUAGGUUGUCAAACUGGCCAUGGCUCUCUAAAUUCAAUAGUAUCAAGGCCUAAAAUGGUAGAGGCACUAAAAGACAAAGAGGUCAUUGGAAUAAUUUGUGGUGCAUAUCAUAGUAUUGCACUUAUUACUGAUAAUACUAUGGAGAUCAAGUUGUUGCCACAUAAGAGUGGAAACUCUGUGUUCAUGGCUAAGGGUAAGAAAAUAACACAAAAGCUGUUAAAAAAGAAAAAAGAGACUUUGAAGAGGAAAAAAUCAUCAGGGAGUAAAAUUACUAGUCCUUCUUUGCUACAAAGCUCAGAUUCUAGUCCUAAUAGCACAAGUAGCACUCCAUCAAUUAACCAACAAACAUCAUCGGGUAUCAGGACAUACCUGAGCUAUCACAGAGGUCAUAAACGAGAUGACAGUCAAGGAAGUAUUUCAGCUGAUGAUAGCUUAGAUGCUAAUACCAUCAGUGAUGGUAGCACAGUACAGUCCAUAGAUGACAAAAUGGGACCCCCUCUUGCAAAUACUAUGAUUUCUGACUCAAUGCUGGAUCACACUGACAACAUAAGUGCCUCACUACCUGUGGAUAGCAAGGAGUCUGAGGAAAGUGAAUCAAAUACUGAUUUUUGUAUUGCUCCAUCUGGUACACAAUGUGUCUCACAGCCAAUAGACAUACAAACAAGAAGUAAUCACUUUGGAUACCCAACCAAAACACACCUUGGUCUACUAAACAACAGUUCUCCUGAGCCAUCUCCUCCAUACUUUACCCCCAACAAGCACAAUGAUCAGAGCUUUGUUACAACUGAAAUAGCUGGUAGCCUAAAUCUCUCAACCACACCACCACAAACUAGCAGUGUUUCUGGGAAACCUGAACAUAAAGGUCAAGACCAGGGUGUGCCUGCCAGGUCAUACCUAGGUUUUGGGAUCAUUUCCAGUCAUUUUCGGCCAGAUAUGGACCUUGGAAAGCUGACCAAUGCUGUCGUAGACUCUGUGGCUGGAAUCUUCAUGUCUAGCUCCCCUGCUUCACAAUCAGCCAAAUACCUGAGACAAAGCUCUUCAUGUAAUAAAUGUGGGGUGUCUGGAAUAUGCCUCUGCAGUGGUACAACCGGUUCCCAGGACAGGUUCUGGUUACCUGGCUCUGAUACACAAGUCUGGACAUGGGGGAGGGGAGGGUGUGGACAGCUUGGCCUUGGAGAUACAGAUGACCGGUCUGUUCCGUGCCUUGUGGAAGACUUGAGUAGUACUGGGAUAAUCAAGGUAGCUGCUGGGACCUUCCAUUCGCUGGCUCUCACUGUGUAUAGCCAGGUGUUUUCAUGGGGUGAUAACUCAUGCGGACAGCUAGGUCAGAAAAAAUCAAUAGCUGUUAGACCAAAGAAAGUUAAGUGUUUUUCUGAUGUGCUGAUAUGGGACAUAGCUUGUGGUAGCCAUUAUUCCUUGUUUAUUGGUGACAUGGCACUUAAUAGACCAGAUGUCUAUAUCUGUGGCAGACAGCCAAGUGAAGUUGCUGCGAUUGCCGAGGCUGCUACCAAAUCAGCUGUGAGCACUCAACCUUUAAGCCAUGAUGACAUUACCCUAGAAACCAAUCCAGGUCGGAAACCUGUGUUAAGACACACCCGAUCUUGUGAUGAUGUGAAGGAGAGGUCUCUUGUGGCGGCCAAGAUCGAGCUGGUCAGGCUGACGAUGUUCAGGAAGGCCAGCAGCAUCAGAGGAGUCGUUGCACACACAGAAAACUGCUGUUGUCUAGCCACAAGGGGGAACAGUAAUGAGUCCACUACCCUCAGUGAGCUUGCCAGUGAAGAGAGACUUUUCUAUUAUCAGCUGGCUCUCAUAUGGCAGGUUAUCCUGGUGCCAGUCAUCAAAUCAGAUGUCUGGCCUUUGUUACUUCAAGAGGAGAGUGGUCAAGUACUGAUGAUGACGAUCAAAGCUUUUCAUCAGAUCAUGCGCUGUGUCUCCACUAAUCUGGUCACAGUUACUAAGAUGGUCAGCGACAUGCUCCCAUUUGAUGGGCUUUAUGCUGGAUGUCUAGGAAAAGACUUCAUGGCUGUGUUUGAGAGCUACUCUGAGAUAUUCAGCAAUGCUGUUGCUUAUGGUUCUUUCAUGUUCUUUGCAACCAUAUCAAGGAAUAUUGCCGCUCAGUGCAAGCUGAUUUUGCGGGAGCUUCUGGAGGAAGCUGAUGAGGAUUUCAUUGGCGAUAUAGAGGCGUUUCAGUGUAUUGCACAGGUUCCCCUAGUGCGAAUGCAACACUAUGCUACGUUGGCCAAGAAGUAUCUCCCUCUUCUGCCAAAUAAAAGCGCUGCAGCGACCCGACUCUCCGAGGUGAUUGACAUGUGGGGAGAGAUGAUGUGGCAGGAUGAGCAGAGACAGCUUGUAGCGGAGCAGACGAGACAGUUUUGGGAGGAGUGUCCGUCUAAGAUGUCGCAAGCGUUCCGGGUGCCAAACCGCCGCCUAUUAAGAAGCAGUAGGACUCAUGCUUUGUACCCCGUCAAGAGCACGCGAUUCUCAAGUCCGAGCUUCGUUCUGUUUGACGACUACUUUGUCCAUGUCCAGUCCAAUAAGCACUUCCAGGCCUACCCUCUCAACACGCUUUGGGCAGAAGGCAUGGCUGAUAGUGAGCCGAGCUUGCUGAAUGCGAUUAAGAUCACGACGCCGGAGGAUUUGCUCGUGCUUUGUGCUCCUUGCGCCCUUAACAAGGCAGACUGGUUGUUUGCCAUCAACCAAGCAGUGGCCCGUGUUAUCAGCAAGACUACGGCUUAUAGUCUUGGAGCAGAAUCCGUGAACACCACGACGGGUAACCUGAGUGCGGCGAUAGCGCGAGAGGCCUGCUACACUUUCCAGCAUGACACGCGCUACAAAGGUGCUGCUUACCAUGGCAUGUGGCUCACAGGAAAACCACACGGACAUGGCGAGAUGCGCUGGCCUGACAAAAGGGUGUACAUGGGCGAAUUCAAGCAAGGCGAGCAUCAUGGACAUGGUGUAAUGGUGUUUCCGCCAAACAGUCCAGAUAAUGCCGAUAGAUACGAGGGGGAGUGGAGUCAUGGGAAAAUAUCCGGCUUUGGUAAAAUGAAGUACAUGCAUGGGGACACCUACACGGGGCAUUGGCGGGACAACACGCGCCACGGUCACGGGGUCAUGAGUUAUGGCGCCAUGUCUUCCUCUGCUGCUAGCGUGUACAUUGGCGAGUGGUCCGCUGACAGGAAGAACGGAUACGGCACUAUGGAUGAUGUCAUAAGGGGGGAGAAGUACAUGGGCAUGUGGGACAAUGAUAUUCGGCAGGGCGCUGGAGUAAUUGUUACACUGGAUGGCGUCUACACUCAAGGCACAUUCGUUCAAGGAAAACUCACCGGACACGGAUUACUGCUUUGUGAUGACAACACCAUUUUUGAAGGAGAAUUCUCUGGGCACUGCCAAUUGUCGGGCAAGGGCACCCUCACUCUGCCAUCUGGGGACUGUCUAGACGGCACGUUUCUUGGCCAGUGGGGAGAUGGCAUCAAGAUUAAUGGCGUGUUCACCAAAAAAGAGAAGGAUACAGGAGCAAAGUCGCCCAGCGAACCUGAGAUGAAGGCAUUUGUUUCUCCCGACCGUAAAUGGCAGGCGCUGUUCCAUGAAUGCCGUGAAAAGUUAGGUUGUGAAGGUGAUCAGGACGCGGAACCAUUGACUGCGUGGAAGUGUAUAUCGCGGGCGCUGAUGAGCAGUCACGAUGGAAGGCCGGCUCACGCCAAACAUGAUGUUCUCCAGCAGCUAUUUAAUGUGGGUAACGAGAUGGAGCGAAGCGGGAAAUACACUUUGGACGCGCAAGCUUUGCAAGACUACUUGUCCAAGGCGUUUGACAUGAGCUGCCAUCCGUUAGGAGAGCUCGUAUCAGCUCUUGUAUACGCCUACCGGGCCACCUACCUGGGCAUGGGCACACAUCGGCGCCUGCUGGCUCACGCUGUUGCAGAGGCCAAGUCCUUCACGCACAGGAUAUACAGGAUAACGCGAUUGUUGUUUCCCGAGCUUCCUAACGAGGAUUACGUGCACCUAGCCACGGACACAGUGAGCGGAAUCAGCAAACACCACACCGAGGAAUCGACCAGUAGCAGUGCCGUGCUGCACCCCGUGCUAUUACCCCGCCUGUACCCGCCACUCUUCACCCUCUACGCCCUGCACAACGAACCCAGCGAUAGCAAGUACUGGGAACGCAUCCUGCUUCUCAACAAGCGAUCCGACACUGCCUUGAUGACGUAUGUGGACGUUAGACGGCAAUUCUGGUUGACUGAUGGUAGCCGCUCUCCUUCAAAAGAAGGCGAAGAGAGCUGUGAUGUUCAUCAUUAUGUGAGUGCCGUGGAGGAACUCCAGCAAAUGAGUACAAAGCUUAGUCCGAUGGAAAAGCUUGCAUGCCUCAAGACAACCUUCGAAAAGAUCAACCAGGAUGUUGAGCGAUUCUGGAGAGGCGAAGAGAAGCUGGUUUCCCUCGAUGACUUGUUUCCAGUGUUCCAUUUCGUCGUUAUACGUGCAAGGAUUCCUCACCUCGGAUCAGAGAUCCACUUCAUCGAUGAUAUGGUGGAUGCCCAUGUACAUGUAGGGGAACAAGGUCACAUGUUCACGACACUCAAGGCAUGCUUCUUUCAAAUCCAAAAUGAAAAGGGCUAAGCGAAGAACCAUGCUUCAACUGGCAGAUAAUGUCAAACUGCUGUCGUGCGCAACAAAGUAGUGUAGAUACGUAGAGUAAUAUUUAUCUGACCUCACAUCGACCAAGAAGCGUCUCGCGUUAGGCCGGGGGGAAAGAGGCAGUAUUAUAUGCAUGAGGGCAUAUCAUUUGCCAAAAUCAUCGGUUACGGAUUUGAUAUUUUUAUGUUUGGUAGAUUUUUAAUUGUAUUUUUUAUUGUGUACAGAGAAGGGGGGAUAUUGGAGGGUAUUUUAAAAUUCAAUAUUAUAGCAGAUGUUUUGCCAAUUACAAUCGGCAUUUUUAGAAUUCUUGAACCCGCCCAAGAGACCAACCAUUUGAUAUCUGACGGGGAGGGUAAGAGACCGACCAUUUGAUAUCUGA